UUUAACAAAAACAGCUUUCGGCUUCAUUACAUUAGAAAUGAACAGCGCAGGGUCUUCUUCUUGGCUUGUCAGCGGUUUGGCAUGGAUGAAUCCAAACUCAUGUAGGCCCAACAAUGAAAAGUUUGAUAAAUUGGCAUCUGCUUUCAGGUUCUUGGAUGCAGGUAUUGAUGAUGUUCAAGUCCUGACUUUGACAAGAGAGGACCUGAAUGAGCUUUUUCCAGGUAUUAAGAACUUUCAUCUGAGAAGAAAGAUUAUGGCGCUUACUACAGACAUGAAGUCAGGUUCAUACACUUUUGCCAGCGCUCUGAAUAAUUUAAUUCAAAGAAAUAACAAUGAUGCUGCUGUGCAGGGCAUUUUAAGAGAGAGCCUUUGGGCUUUUAGAAAAAUGGAGGAGCAGCUGAAAGUAGCACAGGCCUCUCUGAAACCGUCCAUCGAUGUAUUAAACAGUCUAAUGGAGGCAUCUGUUAAAAAAGACUGUAGAGAAGCAGCUUUAAGUGGCAAAAAAUGCAAAAAGCUGGUUUCCCCCCAGUUAUAUGUUUUAAUGUGGAAAUCUUUCAAAUAUGAUUUGUAUUCCUUAACAGCAAAUAAAAAAGCAGUUCUGGUGGUGAUGCAUCAUACGUUCAAUCCUAACUAUGUGGGACCCAGCUCAAACGCAACAUCUUCAGUGAACAUUGUGGAACAUGUGCAUGUGUUUUUCCAUGACACAGCUAAGGGUCUCUUAAUGUGUCCCACGAAUGACCAUGCAAUCAUCAAAUUUCAGUCUGUUUUGCACCAGUAUGUUGGUACUCGCAUGUCUUGA